AUGGACGGCUCCGGCCAGGACAACGACGCGGCGGCCGGCGAACAGCCACACCCUCCCUCGGGCUCGGGGCAUGUAUUGCUCGACGCACUCAUGGGCCUCAUGGCGGCUUUGGGUGAUGACGCUUUCAUGGAUGCUCGAGACGAUGCCGACGACUUAGAAGCAGGCAUACUAAGGUUCGGAGGCCACAAUAACUGGGGCUUCGACGCCGUCCCGGCGUCCGGCGAGGCGACGCCUAGAUGGGCGGUGCUUCCAAGCGGGAUGGAUGUCUCCGGCGGCCAAAGCAACGACGCGGAAGCCGGCGAACAGCCGCAACCUAUUCCGGCGCCCUCGUCGUAUGAACGUGGAUCCAUCCAUAGCGUCGUCAUCGUGGUGCCCUCGGAUGGGAGCCUACACCUGUUUGCCUUCAGGGCUGGAGGAAACGGCCACGGAGACAUGAUGAGCGGGUAUGGGGACGACGCUUACAGCGGCGGCGGCUUCGGUGCAGUCCCGGCGUCCGACAAGGCUAUCCAGGAGCUGGAGAAGGCGGCCGUGGGGGAGACGAGGGAGACGGCAUGCGGCGUGUGUCUUGAGAGCUUCGAGGAAGAUGACCAGAUCAGGAAGAUGCCGUGCUCCCAUGGAUUCCACGAGAGCUGCAUCUUCAAGUGGCUCCGGGUGAGCCGCCUCUGCCCGCACUGCCGCUACGCCAUGCCCGCGGAGACAGUGCAGACUAGCUCCGUCGAGGGCAUCAAAUCACUACCAGCACCAAGCACCCAAACAAAGAAGCACACAGAGGAGUACAAUCUGCUUCUACACGUGAAAGAGGUGAUCGACCGCAGCCCUUUCAUGAUGGAGGGCACUGGUUUCUACCUUAACGAGGAUGAAGACCUGAGCUGCAAGAACAAAUUUAAGAUAUGUCGUGGCAGGAUCGACGGCACAGCUCCCAGUCUUUGUGGCGAGGCAUGA